AUGGUUCGAUAUUUACGAUAUUUUCUUGUAUGUUUCUGUUUUAUUGCACUUGGUGUUUUGAUUUAUCGCUUUGCCACACUUGAUGGGAUUUUUUAUGUUAGCCAUCUGAAAAAAGUUUAUGAAUUCAAUAUUUUGGCUGAUCCAUUAUUUAAGUCAGAUCAAGCGAGUGGUUCACAUGAAAUAAAUCAGAUCAAAGUGACGGCUGAAUCAUCAGACAGCACAGAAUAUAAAUAUAAAGACAAAUCAGAGGACAAAGCUGAAGGUGGCAAUGCUAGUCGCUAUGUAAAACACAAAGAUGUUAUAACUACAAAAAACUCGUUAACAACAACAAACGUUCCUACCGAAAUAGUGAGAACUACAACAAAACCUACAAUACUUCAAAGAACUACUAUGAAAUCCACAUUGAGACUCGAGACAACAAAAUAUUCCACUAUCAAACAAAUGGAUGCAGAGGCAAAUCAAGAUAGCUUGCCAAAUUGUUCUGGCAGCGGAGAAAAGUUAGUUGGUCGUCUUGCCGUAGACAAGACCAUACCAGAUAGUGAAGAUGAUAUAGAAAAGUUAUUUGGAAAAGAGUCGAUUAAGAAAGGAGGUGCUUGGUGGCCAACAAAAUGUAUUCCUGUUAGCAAGGUUGCAAUUAUAAUUCCUUUUCGUAAUCGUGAACAACAGCUGAAAAUAUUCUUACGUCACAUACAUCCUUUUUUGACGAGACAGUUGUUGGAUUAUAGAAUAGUAGUCGUUGAACAGGCGGGAAAGACACCAUUCAACCGAGCGUUGCUGUUCAAUAUUGGUUACAAGGAAGCUUUAAAAUUUCGUGAUUUCAAGUGUUUCGUAUUUCACGAUGUUGACCUGAUUCCUGAAGAUGAUAGAAAUUACUAUGGAUGUCCCAGCGCACCAAGACAUUUGUCAGUCGCUGUUGAUAAAUUUGCAUACCAAUUACCUUAUUCCACAAUUUUUGGCGGAGCUGGUGCUUUCAAAAAGGAAGACUUUGUUGCGAUCAAUGGGUUUUCCAACCGCUUUUGGGGCUGGGGGGGAGAAGAUGAUGAUCUAUAUAAGAGAAUUAUGGCUUUAGGAUUCAAGUUGACCAGACCAAGUAUGUCGAUUGGGAGAUAUAAAAUGAUUCAAAUACACCAUACUAAAUCACAAGCUGAUCCUGAUCCAUUGAGAUUCGAUAAACUCGUCACUUCUGAACAACGAAUGCGUAAAGACGGUCUGAAUUCACUAAAGUACGAGGUUGUAAAAAUAGUCGAGAGACCAUUGUAUACUCGGGUUACCGUUGAAGUUGAUCCCAGUAGAAUGUGAAGAGAUACUAGCACUUAAUAAAUUUUCGAUUCUUUUACUUUCUAAAA